AUGUCCGAUGCUGUAUAUGAACUAAUCCCUAUUCUACAGCCUGAGCGAGCACGAAGUUGUGGAUUUAGUGGACGGCUGAACCGACGGACGAUUGACCCAUGCAUUAUUCUACAGCUUGGACUACGACUACCUGGAACAGAGCAACUGGUGCUUGACUACGAAAAGCUCGGGGCUGUAUCUCGGUUUGUGGUGAAUGCAUCACUAGCAUCUUCUGACGGAAUUCAUGAUCUUAGCUUAAUUAUUAGUCCUAGCGAUCCAAAGCGACUGGCAUAUUUUGAACAGAAUGUACCAUCGUCGCACAAUACGUUGACCAGUUCAUCGCAAUCAUUUACACCUACUUUAGUCUCGACUCAACCUUCAAUUGAAACAAAUAAUGUACUCUCUAAUACUGUGGAUUCAAAUAAUAUAUAUUCACAGCAACCAACACAUAUUGCCUAUACCACGUCGCCUUUGGAGUCUUCAUACGCAUUGCAUCCAGCUGCUUCCGAAGCAAAUACUCACCAGCAAUCACGUCGCCAUCCAAACAGAUCCAAGCCAAGAUCUCAUUCCAAUCCACAGACCUAUUUGGCUCCACCUCCAAUAUUCAUCUCUAGUCAUACCGUAUCUAGUCCUAUAUGCAGUCCUACUAACCCUGUACCUUUUGCUGUACAAGACACCGUGCUUCCACCCAAUCCUUCUGUAGAUAAAGUAACUGAUGUUUCGUCCAAGUCUACAGUCAAGUUGAAAUCAAAUACACCACUAUUGUCAAACUACCCAUACAAUCCCAAUCAGGAUCGUACUGCAGAUAUAAUAGAGCAGCCUUAUCCUGGAAGCAAUCAAAUCGUUAGCUCUUUAUUUGGAUCAACAAUGUCGACAUGUUUUUGUCUUUCAAAUUUAGAUGGCCAUGUCGGGGCAUAUUUUUUAUUUCCUGAAAUAUGCCUGCGCCUUGAAGCUGCACUGCACAAGCUCCUCAAAGAUCCAUUGCAACGUUACUAUCUAAUUCAUUCACAUCGUAUAAUCCUCGCAUAUUCCCAGGAAUGCAAACCGAGAGAUGAUAUGGGGGUAGAAUGUGGAGAAUCACCGGAUCUUGUGCAUCAUUUUUUGCGUCAAGGAGCUCCAGUUUUGGUUAGAUCCAAGGCGCCAUCAAAGAAAACAGCAUCGAUACGAUCUACCGUAUUAAAGAAAUCACAGUCGGACAGAUCCAAGGCAGUUGUUGGUGAAGAUAUGAGUGGUAGCUCUGCAAAUAAUGAUAAGAAGUGA